AUGCACCUUGAUUCACUCCGCCGGGCCACGUUUCCAUCGAGAAAUCGAGCUGACCAUCUCCUCCAUCCAGCCGGGUCCAUCCUCAUGCACUCUCCGGGUAAUCCGACCACCUCUCUGCCCAUAGUCAACGGUCAUGGCUCUCCCUUAGCACACAAUGUGACCAACGCCGACGACGAAGACGCACCCAGCGAAAGCGAACUGUCCGACCCCACGAACCGUGCCGCCGCAGCUCUAUCGCCAUCCAGCGAUGCCCAGAGUCCCGUACAAGAUGAGGAUAACGAGGUAGAAGCGCUGUCGGACUCGUCCCACAGCGAAGAUGCGGAGGGCUCAGAAGACGGAGACUACGAGUCGGAGACGCCGCCUGUCCAGUCAGACAACGAAGAAGUUGAUCGGUCAUCAUCGGAGGACUCGCAGAGACCCCGGAAACGGAAAGCUAGUGUUGAAGAUGAUGAGUACAUAAACCAGAAUCCAGAGCUCUACGGUCUCAGGAGAAGCGGCCGCGCUCGCGCAAACCGUCGCGUGAUUGACAGCAGCUCCGAGGAAGAUGACUCUGAUUCCGAUGCUGUCAAUUCCCGCCGGAAGAAGCGGAGAACAACUGCUCCUGCUAGAGGCUCUCGUCGCCCCUCGCCGGACCCUCCCUCACCUUCUGGGUCGGAGUCUGACUCUGACGCUUACGUUGGCGGUCGCCGUCAAGUUCCCACCAAGAAACAACGAAGACACCGACACUUGGUGGCCUCAGGACGAGCACCACCUUCGCAGGCCGAAGUUCGUUUCUCAACGCGUAAUGCCGCGAAGGUCACGAGUUAUAACGAGGAUGACGACGACAUGUUCAGCGAGGAAUCAGAGGAGAUGACGCCCAAUUACUGGGUCGCUACCGAGGAGGAUGACAGUCCGCAGAUUGACAGAAUCAUCCUCCAUCGGCGAAGAGAAGAAUCCGAUGGAGAGAUGAACAGCCUGACGAAAUAUGAUUUCGAGUACCUGAUCAAAUGGGUUGGCAAGGCUCCCUUUCACGCAACGUAUGAGGAGUUCAACUCGCUGGCCGGAUACAAAGGGUUCAGGAAAGUCGAGAACUACUUUCGCAAGAUCGUCCUGGAAGAGAUCAUGAUAAUGGGUGACCCCGAGGUUCCUUCCGAAGAGAAGGAGAAGUGGAACCUCGACCGUGAGAAGGUCGAAGACCUUCACGCGGAUUCACAGCACGUUGAACGUGUCAUCGCUUCCCAGGAGGGUGAGGAGGAAACGGAAUACCUCGUGAAAUGGAGAGCUCUCCCGUACGAGGAAUCUACUUGGGAGCCGGCCUCAUUGGUCGGUCAGCUUGCACAAGAGCAGAUUGACCGGUACCUCGACAGAUCCUCGAAAGUUCCCGUCUCCGACAAGCGUGAGUCCAGCAUCGCCACGCGUCGGAAGUACGUCGCUAUUCGCGAGCAACCCGAUUACAUUAAGUUCGGCCAGCUCAGAGACUUCCAAUUGAGAGGUGUGAGCUUCUUGGCGUACCACUGGUGCAAAGGAGAAAAUGCCAUUCUUGCCGACGAAAUGGGUCUUGGCAAGACGGUGCAAACAGUGUCCUUCAUGAACUGGUUGCGACAUGAUCGUAACCAACAAGGGCCGUUUGUGGUAGUCGUCCCACUCUCAACCCUGCCUGCAUGGGCGGAGACCUUCGACAACUGGGCACCUGACAUAAACUAUGUUGUCUACAACGGCAACGAAGCCUCUCGGAAGAUCAUCCGCGAGUACGAAAUGCUGGUCGACGGCAACCCCAAGAGGACUAAGUUCCAUGUGCUCCUGACGACGUAUGAGUUCGUUCUUGCCGACUCCGCUUUCCUUUCGCAGAUAAAGUGGCAGUUCAUGGCCGUAGAUGAGGCUCAUCGACUGAAGAACCGUGAGUCUCAGCUAUACGCCAAGCUGAUGGACUUCGGGGCACCAAGUAGACUCCUCAUCACCGGUACCCCCAUGCAAAACACAUUGGGCGAGCUCUCUGCCCUGAUGGACUUUAUCAUGCCCGGGAUGAUCGAAGUCGAUGAGAACAUUGACCUGCAGUCAGAAUCUGCCAGUCAGAAGAUUGCCGAGCUCACUAAUGCAAUCAGCCCGUACAUGAUUCGCCGGACCAAGCAGAAGGUAGAGAACGACUUGCCGCCUAAGACCGAGAAGAUCAUUCGCGUCGAACUCUCUGAUCUCCAACUCGAGUAUUACAAAAACAUCCUGACCAGGAACUAUGCCGCCCUGAAUGCAAGUGCCAAGGGCCCAAAGCAGUCACUACUCAACAUCAUGAUGGAAUUGAAGAAGGCCAGCAACCAUCCUUACAUGUUUGCUGGUGCUGAGGAACGCAUGCUUGCAGGUAACUACCGCCGGGAAGAGCAACUCAAGGCGCUUGUUACAAGCAGUGGUAAGAUGAUGCUUCUCGACCGUUUGUUGACGAAGUUGAAGAAAGAUAAUCACCGUGUCCUGAUCUUCAGUCAGAUGGUCAAGAUGCUGGACAUUCUCGGUGAUUAUCUGCAGCUUCGCGGAUAUCAAUUCCAGAGGCUGGACGGUACCAUCACCUCCGGCCAAAGACGGCAGGCUAUCGACCACUUCAAUGCUUUUCAGAGUCAGGAUUUCUGUUUUUUGCUCUCCACCAGAGCUGGUGGCCUUGGCAUCAACCUGAUGACAGCUGAUACUGUCAUUUUAUUCGACUCCGACUGGAAUCCUCAGGCUGACCUUCAGGCUAUGGCUCGUGCUCACCGUAUCGGUCAGAAGAACCCCGUCACGGUGUACCGACUUGUGUCGAAGGACACUGUUGAAGAGGAAGUUCUCGAGCGAGCACGCAACAAGCUCAUGCUCGAAUACAUCACCAUUCAGCGCGCCGUCACAGACAAGGGCGACAAAGAGGCUUUCGAUCGAGCUGCUAGGGCUGUCGCAGAGCCGACUUCAUCUGACGACAUCAACCGCAUCCUCAAGAAACGUGGUCAGAAGAUGUUCGAGCAAACUGGAAACCAGAGGAAACUGGAAGAGCUUGACAUUGACGCCGUCUUGGAGAAUGCCGAGGAGCACAAAACAGAACAGCCUGAGGGCAUCACCACUGACGGUGGCGAGGAGUUCCUUAAGAGCUUUGAGUACACUGAUGUCAAGCUCGACCUUGAGUGGGACGACAUCAUUCCCAAAGACCAACUUGAGGAGCUCAAAGCGGAGGAGAAGCGCAAGCAAGACGAAGAGUUUCUCGCCAAGGAAAUCGAGCAGAGCCAGCCUAGGAAGCGUAAGGCGCCCGACGAGGAGCGUGAGCAACGCGCUGCCAAGAAGCGAGCUCGCCAGGCUGCUCAAGAGGCUGCAGAAGCUGCUCAAUCGGGUGAUGAAUCCAGCCCUGACGACGAUCCGAAACGGCCUUUGUCUGAGAAAGAGAUUCGAAACCUCAUCCGAGCGCACGAGAAAUUCGGAUCCAUUGAGGAACGUGGCGAUGAAAUGAUCAAGGAAGCCAGGUUGACAAAUCGCGACAGAGAUGUUGUGAAGGCAACCUUGAAAGAAGUGAUGGACCACUGCCGAGAUCUGUUGAGGGAAGAACAAGCAAAGAACGAGGCGAUGGCACGUGAAAACAAUAAGAUCCUUACCAAGAAGGAUAAGAAGGCCAUCCUGUUCGACUGGAAGGGCGUGAAGAGACUCAAUGCCGAGACGAUCUUGGAGCGGCCAAACGAGAUGAGACUCAUCAAAGAGGCUGUUGCUGCAGCUUCUGACUGGCGCAACCUCCGGCUUCCAGAGGCUUCGAAACCUGCCCACUACACGUGUCCCUGGGGUGCACGGGAGGAUGGAAUGCUUGCGGUUGGGAUUUCCAGACAUGGCUAUGGCUCGUGGGUCGCCAUUCGCGAUGAUGCAGAGCUUGGCAUGCAAGACAAAUUCUUCUUGGAGGAGCACCGCGUGGAUAAGAAAGAGGAGCGGAGCAAAGCCGAAGACAAGAACGCCAAAUCACCAGGCGCGGUCCACCUUGUUCGCCGAGCCAAUUACCUCAUCAGCGUCCUGAAGGAUAAGGCUUCCAACGGCACAAACGCUGCGGCGAAGAGAGCUUUGGAUAACCAUCAUCGCAACAACAAGAAGUGGAGCGCUUCGCGUCGUCCAGAGAAGCAAGGAAGUGCUUCUGCCAGUCCUGGUCCUGCCAACAUGCGCAAGGUCAACCGCGAGCAAGACAGGGCUCGUCACCGCACCCAGAGCCACAGCGAGCAUCGUCACGAGCAUCGUCACAAUGAACACCGGCACGGCGAGCACCGUCACGGCGAGCACCGUCACGGCGAGCAUCGUCAUAGUUUGGAUCGUCGUUCAGAGAAGCCCGACCGAAACGGGACUCCUGAAAUCCGCCGCAAGGCCAGUGGUGAGCUUGAUGACAAGCACAAGUCGAAAAACAAGCACCACCGGCCUGACGAGCGACCUCGGAACUCCAGCGAGAGUCACCAUCGUCGCGAAUCAAGCGCCUUGAAUGGUCAUUCCGGUCGUGACAUGCAGUCGGCGAAGAUGCUCAAGCCUGUGCAAGAGAACCUCGAUGCGCUUGUCAAGUGUACAUCAGUCAAGAUGCCUGACCGUGUGGAAAGGUCUUUGUCGUUGAAGAAGGAGUUCAAGAAGGUCGGACAAUUCAUUUCAGUGGGCUUGCGGGACAGAGCGAGCCCAACGGAAAAGGCUCGUUUAUGGGAUUUCAUUGCCAACAACUUCUGGCCCAGCAAGGGUGUGGAAGGCUCGAAGCUGAAUGACAUGUAUCAAAAGAUAAAAAUAUCCGAAGACAAGGCCAAGACGACGGGUGGCGAGCACGACAAGACCAAGGUCGACGGUCAAAACUCCAAGGCGGGCGGCAAGCCGGAGCCAAAGGGCAGGGGUGAGCCUGGGUCUCAAGAAAAGGGGCAAGGCGCGAGUACGGAGCAGUCGAAAGACAAGGUGACGAACGGGGAAGAAACAAAAGCCACGUGA